CAUGCAGCUCCGCGGUGGAAGCCUUACAAAUCUGUCCACAGCCCUCCCUCCAUUCCUUCAUGUGCGCCAUCCGUCGCAGUUCUAUCUGAGCGUUCUGUGUGCAAUAGGUUCCAAUGUUCAAUCCCGUCAGAGCGAGGGCCUUCUGAAUUGAUGUGUGCGCAUGAUGCCUCAGGGAGCACUUCGGUGACGGGCAAGGACUGAGCAGCGAAUAAUUGCCGUGCGAGUAGGGCUGUGCUGGUAGUGUGCAUGAAUUCGGGACAGGUUCCAGGGCAGAAUGAGGAUUCAAGGGAACAACGGCAAUGUAGAGAUCACAUGUAAUGGGACUGUGCUUACCCGGAGAGGAGCGUUGACUGGUCUGAGUUUGAGCGCAGCAGCAGUGGCAGCUCUGGCGUUCUGUUCGGAGGAUACAUCCGCCUUUGAACAGACUUCCUUACCUGGUCGCAUUCCUGGACUUUCCGAGCCGUAUUCUAAUGGAUUGUGGACAUACGGUGAUUCAUGGAAAGCUGCAAGGCGGGGCAAAAAACUAUUAUUGGCUGGGCAUGAGGUUGGCUCAAAGCAAAUUAUUAUAAUGAUACUAGACGAGGGAUUCUCGCAAGUACUGCCGUCCAUUGCGGAUCUUGGAGGAUCGAAGAUUGAUCUUGGAUUUAGAAUGCUUGGGAAGGUGGCAUCCGCAUGGGAUAGCACCCGUCUCAUCUUUCUCUAGCUGACGUCAGUGGAAGACAAACGCUUCGGAGUUGAAACAGACCAUGAAAUCCUGCAGAAUCGAUUAAAAUGAGGUCUAACUUAUAAUUGUUUUAGUGGUCUCUUCGUUUGUAUAUUCCUUAAGAUUAGAUACGUGGAAACCGAACUCUGUUUAUCUAAUUCCCUGCAAAUGUGAGGAAAUCCGACGUGUUUUCCCUGUAAAAUAGCAAGAAUAGCAUCCGACGCUCAUCAAUACAGGCGAUUUUUAAUUGUACAAUAAUUUAAUGUGCCUUUGAACCAUACUAAAUGUUUUAAGCAUGCAGCGAGAAACAAACAACCGGAUUUGGCUUUGAAUCGGAGUUGUGAAAUGCUUAGCUGUCUAGUUUGAUUUACUGCAGCCGUCAAUCAAACUAAAUGUUUUGAUGCUCAAGUCAUUCAGUAAGAUGGAAGGGUAGAAGCUCGCAUGAAAGAAGCUCGUUGUCCGCAGUGUGUGUUCGUAAAAACACAUACAAACAUGUAAAAAAGUGAUACUGUUCUAAGCGAAGCAUGCUUAUUGCAAGUGACUUAGGAUCAAUUUCUGCAUGUGGCAUGAUGAGUUGCACGCAGGGUGUGUCCUAAAAUUUCUACCGUCAGCACUGGCGAGCUAAUGCAGAGAACGGAAAUUCAGCUUUUCAAUUGCCAAAGACAGAACCUCUGGUCUUCAUAAACUACUCCGCGAUUUACACCGCAAACCACAGUUUAUGACAGUGUGUGCUAGAGAAGGUUAAGGCUUGAUUAGUAUGUUAGAGAAGGAUUAAGCGAACAAUUUAAUGCACUGAAAUGACGGAUUCAACACCAAUGAUUUUUGAUGGGGUGCCAUUUUGUGCAGGGUUUGAUGCAAGCGAGUUGAUUGCAAAUUUGGAAUCGAUUAUCACAGUUUUGUCCUCUGCAAAGUCCUCGCAUUAUGUCUAAGUUCC